UCGGCACGAAGUACUGUGUGAUACCCUGAGCAGCUACAUGGCACAGUGCCAGGAGGCUGGAGCAUCUGUGUUGCCAUGGAGAAAGCUGGCCAACUGCUCUGUUGCGUGUCCAGCCCACAGCCAGUACAAAGUGUGCGGCUCGGCGUGCCCCCCCACCUGUAGUCCUCAGCCGGACAUUUGCCCUAAGGUCUGUGUGGAAGGAUGUUUCUGUGACCCAGGAUACGUGCUCAGUGGAGGGAGGUGUGUUAUCAGGGAGAAGGGCUGUGGCUGUAACCAUGACGGCCGGUACUACCUACCCGGUGCGACGUUCUGGGCCGACUCCCAGUGUGAAGAGACGUGCAUGUGUGACGCAGCGACGCAAAAGGUGAAAUGCGAGCAGACCGGCUGUAGAACCGGAGAGAAGUGCAGCGUAGUGGACGGGGUCCAAGACUGCUACCCGGUCAGCUUCAAGACCUGCAGCGCACAUGGAGAUCCGCACUUCAUAUCCUUCGACCUACGCAGGUUCGACUUCCAGGGCAACUGCGUCUACAGGCUGGCCGGUUUGAGCGGAGACAACACAGGUCUGACCCCCUUUGAGGUCAACCUGGAGAAUAACAACCGAGGCAACAAAAGAGUGUCUUAUGCUAAAGUGGUGACUGUUAAUGUCUAUGGCAACACUUACACUCUGUCAGUGGACUACCCAGGCAGAGUGCUGGUGGGCAAGCUUGAAGAAGUCCUACCCUUCACCAAUUCAUUCACCAAAUCAGUGGUCAAGGUUUAUAAAGUAAACAGACUGGCUGUCCUUGAGACCAACUUUCUGAAGGUCUCCUUUGACUUUGCGAGUGCAGUGAGGGUGGAGCUGGCGACUAGUUAUGGCAACAAAACCCGUGGCCUUUGUGGAAACUUCAAUGACGACCCUGCUGAUGACCUGAAGUUACCAAAUGGGAAGUUGGCUUCCAGCGCCAAUGAGUUUGGAGUGAGCCAGUGGGUGGAGGACGUGAAGGGCUGCUCCCAAGAAUGUAAAGACUGCGCUCAGCCGCUCCCCCCAGACUUCAAACCACCCGCCUACACGUCAGUCUGUGAUGUCAUAACAGCGAAGGAUGGACCCAUGGCUGACUGCAUAGGCCGACUAGAUUCCAAGCAGUACCACAGCGACUGCGUCUAUGACAUGGUGCUUAAUGAUGGCCAACAGCAAGCAGCCUGCGACGUCAUCAGUGUCUACGCGGAGGAGUGUCAGAGAAAAGGAGGCUGCGUGAAGUCAUGGCGGACGAGGCGCGUCUGCUGUAAGUGCUCUGUAACGCAGGACGUGCACAGAUGA